AUGCCAACAAUGUCUCCCGCCCGCCUGCGGUCCAUCUACCGCUCCAUCCUGCGCGAACUUCCCCCCCGCCCUGUCCUCGCCUCCCCCCGAAGCCAUCUACACAACCGUCUCCGCGCCUCAUUUACCGACUCGUCCGCCAGCUCACACGCCGAAGCAGAGCAACUCGUCGCCUACCUGCGCUCUCAGAGGCUGUACGUCACACUGAUAGAGCGCUAUAAUCCAGGCAUGGACAUGGACGAGGAGGAGAGAGUGAGGCUGACAGCCAGGCGCGUCGGCAUGGAUAUGCCCGAGUUGUACGGGAAGGGAAAGAAGUUUUGA